AUGAGUAACCUCACCGAGGUGUCUGUAUUCGUCCUCCGGGGCUUCUCCUCUGUCUCCACGCUGCGGCUGCUCAGCGCGGCCGUCCUGCUGCCCGUUUACCUGGUGGCGACUCUGGGCAAUUUCUCCAUCACGGCUGCCGUGAUCUUGGACGUGCGCCUCCACACGCCCCAACACCUGUCCCUGGCGGACGUGGGCUCCAUCUCCAGCACCCUGCCCUGGGCCCUGCUGGCCACCGCCGUGAGCUCAGGGGAGAUUUCCCGCCCUGUGUGUGCGUUCCAACUCUUUGCCUUCACCUGCUUUGGGUCCACGGAAAGUUUUCUCAUCACUUGUCUGGCCAUCUACAGGCCCUUGGUGUAUGGGACAGCCAUGAACGCCCGGACCUACCUCUCCUUGGUGGUGGCUGCCUGGGCCAGCGGCCUCCUCUUCUCCACCUUCCACAUGGCCAACACCUGCUCCCUGCCCUUCUGCGGCCCCAGGGUGAUUGACCGCUUCUUCUGUGACAUCCCGGCUCUCCUGCGCCUCGCCUGUGCCCACGUGGACGCGCACGAGGCCGCGGGGCUUGCAGUCAGUGGCUGCGUGGUUAUGAGCUGCUUCGUCCUCGCGGUCCUCUCCUACGCUCGCAUCUUCGUCACCGUGAUCGGGAUCCGCUCAGCGUCCGGACGCACGAAGGCCUUUUCCACGUGCUCGUCCCAGCUGGCCACGGUGCUGCUGUUCUACGGCGCCGGAAGCUCGGCCUACAUGCAGCCCCCCGCCCGCUACUCCGCGCUGCAAGGGCGCGUGGCGGCCGUCUUCUACGCGGGUCUCACGCCCACCCUGAACCCACUCCUCUACAGCCUGAGGAACAAAGACGUCAGGAGGGCACUGCAAAAGCUCUGUCUCCGCGCACUGCCCCAGAGCUGA